AUGGCCAUUGGGACUCUGAAAAUCACAUCUCUCAUAAUUCGCACAAUAGCGAAACCCAUUGCUAACGCAAUCAAAACUCAAGCCAAAAAUCACGUACGGUUUCGAAAAGCCUGUAUUGGUUUUGCCCAAUGGAUGCAUCGUACAGACUACACAUUGCGUAUGCGGCUUCUGGGUGAACAGUCUGCUGCCAAAAUUAGGCCGCUUAAUGACGCACGGGCCAUUGAAAACGGUGCAACUUUUCUCUCAGAAAGUAUCAUCUUUGGCGUUGCCGGUGGUCUUCUUGUCUAUGAAGGUGUACGGUCAUCACUCCAAGAGUCUCAGAGACGUGAACGCAUCGAGGACGAUAUCUCUACCCUUCAAGACGAAAUCGAACAGCUCAAAAAUAACCUGAGGAAACAACAAAUUCAAAUUGACGAGUAUCAUUUGCCAGAUGGGGUUAACCCAAGUAUUCUCAAGUUCCCUAAAGAAGAAACUUCUGAAUUAGAAGGCUCCAAAGAUCAAUCUCUGGCGGAAACAAUUGUGACUGCUGCUGCAGAAGCUCAGGUUAAAGCAGCAGCCGCUAAAGAAUUACAACCAGCUAAAUCAUCUUAG